CAUUUUUGUUUUUUCAGUUUAUGCGUAGGUUUAUGUUCGUUCUUUGUUUGGCGUCCCAUCUGUUCCUCGAAAGAGUGCGGCCGGCCGCUUCUAUUUUUUAUACUUGUUUAUGGGAAGUUGCUCCUCAAGUGGAUUCAAGUUUCUUUCUCGCGAUAUGACCGUGGACUGCGCAAGACCCAUAUGACUUUCGACGGUCAGCCAAAAGGAAGCCAGCAGCUUGUCGGGGUCGGAGCGCUCGACAACGCACGGAAUAGGUUUCGCCAGCUGGGAAGGCAGACAGUCGCAUCUUGGAAAUCACAAGAGACAAGUCACAACGUCGUCAAGAUCGCCAUGCAAAUCUGCAUCGUCGUAGUGCUCGCCGUGUGCGGCAUUGCUGGCACGACUGCGCUCCUGCGCCGUUCGGAGCGCGCCAUUCAGCCCCUCUGCGAGAACGACGUGGGCCAGCAGCACCGGCUGGAUCGGCUCGUCGAGCGGAUUCGGGAGAAGCUCCGGGCGGACGAGCCGUUCCAUCUGCCGAGCCAGCUGGGGCCCAUGCGCCUCACGGACGGCGUCCUCUGGGGCCUGAGCAGCUUCGAGCUGCGCCACCCGCCCCAGCUGGUGUGCGGGGAUGACCACGCCAACAUGACCAUGCUCAUGGGGCUCAUCAAGCCUCACGUCCGCUACAGGUGGAGCUUUGUUCCGUUCCGCGGUGUCACGGGGCAGCUGAUAGCGCAUUCGGAGCGCGCCACGGUGGACGUCCUGCUGAGGACACCGCUGAGCCCGCCGGAUGCCAAGGCCAGGGUGGAGUCGCUGAAGGUCACCGAGCUGAGCCAGAUCUGGGUGAAGGUGCCCAGCGUGCCCGUGGUCAGCUGGAUAGCCUCGCAGAUCGGCAACCUGGGCACCAUGAUCAACCGGAACCAGCUCAAGAUGUUCCUCCAGGACAACCUCAGGAGGUCUAUCCAGAACACCCUGGACAAGGAACCACUCUGAGGGGGCUGCAGACGCGUCCUCCGACGUUAUCGACCUGCGGUGUUGUCUGCUAAGAUUUGAAGUAUAACACCGUGUCGUUGAGAUCUGAGGACCGGUGAAUACGUCGUCUGCAAUAUUACCGGAUCAACUCGGUCGUGGUACUGCCCAUAGACGCUUCUUCCAUGCGCAGUACCCCCUCUCCCGCAAAGGUUCAUUCAAAGUUCCACGGUUUCGGAGACCACAGUUAAGGUAACAGAAUACAUAGGUUCUAAAGCACGGCGUCUUGAUGGCACUUCGCUAUAGUAUCUCCAAAGAUGUCUUAAAGCACAGCCACUAGAUGGUGCUUCCACGGUGCGAUGGGUGAAGGCCGAAGUGGAGAGUUUGCUUCUUUGCAACAGUUCCAGAACCCAGUUGUCUAGUAACGUCGGUCAUCCAUCAUGUUGUCACUACCAGUUCCGAGGAUUUGUGCAGUUGCGGUCUUGACGUUGUCCGAUAGGAUCGACCCACGGUUUCGUCUGCUAGGAUUUGAAGUAUGAUGUUGUGUCGUCGAGAUGAGAUAGGAGUUCACUCUAUGUGAGGUGCAAUUGCUAAUCCGAAGUUUAUGUCGCACCCCUAAUUUUUAUCAAAUGUCGUCGAUAAUAUGUUGGUUCAGCUUGGCCUUUUUUUUCUAAUGCAUCAAUAUCUGCCAUUUUUUUAGUUUACACACGGUUUAUAGGGUGGGGUAUCUGUCAUCCCAAUUGACGUUUCAACUGUUUUUGGGAUGCAGUUUGGUGGUACCCAUUCUCUUUUUAGAUAUUUUUCUGUACUCGAGAUUGCUCGCAGCCAUUUUAUGGGCAGCGCUGUUAAGCCUGAUUCUUUGUGGACCAAAGAUGUCGCUGCAUCUUCUGCCUCACGAUGUAGCACAGUGGAGUCUCUGUGAAGCGACUUUGUAAUCGUUUUAUGCAUUUUCGUCUUCCUCAAUCAACCGGGCUAGGCACGACUGCGUGCAAUACUAUUCGGAAGGAACAAAUCUUUGUAUGUGGUGGGUCCAAUGAAAUACUCUUUCCCUUUUUAUACUUCAGCCACUGAGAUUGUAUAUUUUUCUAACUCCUUUUAUGAUGAGAUUAUCACGUUUGGAGUCUCUCCGACGCAGGCGUUGUUGUGUAACUGACGAACACAGCGUUCUAGUCCCGAUUGCCGGGGUACAAGGUCACAUGGUUUACCAUUUACGAUUCCUACGAUGGACUGUUAUCAUCCCGCAUGUGUUCCGCUGCGAUGAACAAACGCUCAGUAUUGCCGCAUACGAUUCACCAAACUACUUGCAUGGUACUUUUUUGUGGUAUCUAUCUUCGAAUAAACUUUAUGAACCAU